GGACACAGUGCAUCACCGAUCAGAGUAAAGAGCCGAUGAUGUAGGCUCUGUCAUGUGAUCACCUGUGUCCAAUCACAGCUGAUCACUGAUCAUCAGGGCACUAAUGAUCAGUGCCCUGAUGCUCAGUGUAGCCCCAGCAGUGCCACCUGUCAGUGCCCAUCAAUGCCACCUGUCAGUGCCCAUCAAUGCCACCUAUAAUUGCCCAUCAAUGCCACAUACCAGUGCCUAUCAGUGCACAUCAAUGCCACACAUCAGUGCCUACCAGUGCACAUCAAUGCCACAUAUCAGUGCCCAUCAGAGCUGCCUUUCAGUGCCACUUAUCAGUGCUGCCAAUCCGUGCCACCUAUCAGUGCCCAUCAGUGCUGCCUAUCAGUGC